AUGCAAAGUCUGAGAAAAACAGACCUUAGAGAGGCUUGUAUGAGUAGAGUUCCACUUGAACCUACUGAGUGUUUUGUCACAGUAAAGGUUCGGCAUGUUACCAUGGGAAAACAAGAAAGAAGAUUUCCAUCAUCUUCCGCGAUGUCAUCAGUACUUGAUUGGGUAGGAUCGCUUUGUGAAGAACCGGAAAACUUCACUCUUCGUGAUGCUCUUGCACUGCCCUUACAUCCAAACAAUCCAAUUGUGAACCGAAGCAUGAUCUACAUGGUUGUUUCAGACAAAAUUAAACACCCUCUUUGGCUGAGAGUGAAAUUCAUUUCAGAGGUUUUGGAUGGUCUGAUAACGGAAACGAUAACACCCUGGAGGAUAUGUUUCCCGUGCUGGAACAAAACGAAGAAUCCUCAAAAGCUGCACUGGCAAGUGGUUACACAAAUACUAUGGGAAAUGAUAAUUUGUAUGUGCAAGCUAUUUAGUUGUCAAUAUAUCCCCACCUAACCUUUUCUCUCAAGUUAUCAUGACAGCUGCCAUGUACUUAGGCUAAAAGUCAUGGUUAGACCAAGUGUUAUCCGUAUCUUGGGAUUUACUUUCAAUGCCAGCCUCUCUUCAAGCUCUGGUCAUACAGACAAAUACUUUCUUCAUUGCAGGUCUAUUUCUUAGCAUGCGCCCAGCCAACUGAUGGUAGAUGAUGAGUAAGUAUGAGAAACUUACUUGCGACUGAUUCAAGAAUUUAUUAACUGAAAAUAAUUCCAUUCAUGAGAAAUAAUGUUAAAUUUGUAUUCAAAAGUACACUUUUGUUAAUAAUUCACUCAUUUGGGCAUAUUUUGAGAAUCGGCCAAGCGAGAAAACCAUUCCCUGAUAACAUCUAAAUUAUUGGUUUAAAGGUCAAAUAUGAAAAGUAUUAAGUUCAUAAAACUACGUUGUACAAUAUUUUCGAUGAGACAGAAGCAUUUCAUUUCUUUCAUUAGGGCCCCAGAUGAAACAGUAGUACAAAGUAAAUUUGAAACCAAAGUAGUGGAAAGCAGAACAAGUUCAGAGGUUGGUUACUGAACUUGUGUAGCAAGGCAUGAAAACUGAAGAAUUUGGAGUCAACCAUUCAUAGAAACACAUCUUAAAGCCUUUAGUUAAGAGGUGCCAUGGUCUAAGGCUAAGCACCCUUGGCCUGAACAUCGAGAAGACCCGAAAAGAGGGAAACUAGGGAGAGAGGGAAAUCAGUGUACUGGGAAUAGUCUACUUAUUAUAGUAGGGUUUGGGAGGAUGAUGUCUUAAGACUUUACCCUCUGCCCCUGACCGUCAUAUUUGCCUGCACUGACUAGCUGCCUGGCUUCUAUAAUCCUCUGUUCUAGGACGCAUACUGCCUUAUACGAAGUUGAAAAUGUUUUGAUGAAUGUAUCAAUUAAGAAGAGUUGAACUUAGUAGCUAAAUUUAUAACGGAACAGUUACCAUACGUCGUCGAAUUCGUCUCUGAUCAGCCAAAGUUUCAAGUAAGUACUCCAUGCAAAGUGGUACAAAAUUUAUGACAAGUUUACAAAAUAAAACAGCUCGCCUCAAAUAUCGAUCAAAUAUACACACAGAUGAGCAUUUUAUUAUUAAUGAAAAUAAGUUGUUGCGUUGUUACUAGUUUUUUAACAUUUAUUAUUUUUUCUACGGUUUACAACAGAAAUACAUUCACAAGGUGAUGAACUAGCUUUAGAGGAGAUGAAUAAUCCUACUGACCAAG